GCCCAAUGCCCGCAAGCCCGGAUCAGGGCAUGGUUCGGUCAUAAUAAAGAUUGGCGCGCCUCCUUUCCUAUUCAGGUACCUCGAACCAGGUUUGACGGCGUCGUUAUGACGGAAUCACCUCGCAGGUGGAAAAGACUUGGUCAAUUAUUUGAUCAUAGCCAGUCUUCUAUCUGAUCUUCGCUCUUCCCGUCCCUGAGUUUGCUGGCUAGCUGGCUUUUAUCUUCAUUCGACAUACAUCAUUCUCUUUGCUUUGUUGGCAGACUCAGGUGUAUAAAAAGAACCUUCCGCUUGUCUCGUCGGAACUUUCUCUUCAUCAUGCGCCCCUUCAGUGACUCCUCCACUCAUACCACUGCCUCGUCGUCAAACUCUGCGAGAGAACCUGCAAGAGACUCGUCUCCUUCCCAGUCUUCCUCGAACUCGAAUUCGAACAAAUCAUCCAAGUCCUCUAAAUCAUCGAAACCUUCCAAAUAAAAGGCCGAACAUCAUAUCCUCAACAUGGGAGCCGUCGUGUCUUGUAUCAAGGGCGUCUUCCAGUCCAUCGGGGCCUGUCUGAUGGCCAUCGUGAAUGCUAUCGGGGCUGUCUGUAAGGUCAUCAUCGAUGGUGUCUUGUCUAUCUGCCGUGCCAUCAUCACCUGUCUCACCUGCGGUUACUGCGGGCGGAGCAGGAGAACAACAACGCGGAGAUCAAGAAUAUGACACCACUCGUCUCGGUGAUUAAACCAUACGAGUUAUGAUAAUUAUGCGUGAUGGGAUUUUGGUCGGGUUGUUUAUCGUUGUGAUAUCAUAGUUUUUGUUUUCUUUUCUUCCCAUGUUUUCAUACCCCAUGCUGAGCAGGCUUUUUCUCGGUCGGAGUGUAAUUUUAGCAAUGCCAUAAUUUUCCCGGUUG